CAAGAAUAAUUAUACUAGCAAAAAAAAUUAUAAUACAAUCAUGUCUAACUUGUGCAUUAUUUUACUUGCUAUUCUCACCACGGUCCAUGGUACGACAAAAAUAACAAUGUGGGCUUGCCCCGGGUAUAGAGGCAAUGGCGCCUAUUUCCCCGAUCUCGACCAGUACCGAUACGGGACCGUGGGUCCUUUGCGUAAUCGCAUUUCAUCCUUCAAAAUCGAUAUCGGCUCCUGCGUCGAAGCUUAUGAAAACGAUCCACCCGACCCUAAUGGACAAUGGUUUUGGACGGACAAUAGAAACUAUAAAUCAAUCUCGUGUCACAUGGAUAAUAAAAUAUCAACCAUGAAAUCAUGUGGGAGAAACAUGGUGGAUUUGAAAUGUCCACGUGGCACCUUCGUCAAGAGGAUUGAGUGGGAUGGGAGUAACCGUCUGAAAGGGGGGCUUAAGCUGCGCUGUAUGCCAUUCUCUUCCAAUACGACGACGGUAGCAACGUUGAAUUUGCAUGCAAAUUUGGCAACGACCAGGGCGAAGAAUUGUUUUAAUGGGAUGAAGGGGCUCCAGUUCGCGAGGAUUAUCCCGUGGGAGGUGAAUUACGCUUUAAACCCGGACUGCAACUUGGGCAGCACGUUACAUUAUAAUGUCUACUGUGAGGAUGGGGAUGCAAUGGUCGGGGUGAAGAUGGAAGUAGAAAAUCAUACACAGUACAUUAAAACUUCAAGCAUUUAUUGCUCCACGAGUGGCAAUGGAAGUGAACCGGAAGUCAAGCUCGUGGAGCCGUUGUAUAAGAGAGAUGUGACGAGAUCAGAAAAGAUUCAAACUGGAAAAGUUGCGAUUGCUGUUCUUCUAGAUAAACGUAAACUGCAAUCCUUGUAAAGGUGUGUUGUAUAAGCGUAUUAUUUAAACUUGUACAUACAUAUGUAUGUAAAUAUGUAUGUACGUAUCUAUUUAUAUAUUUUGUUUAAGUGGUGAAAACGGGUACAAAUAUUACGUACAUGUGUGCAUGUAUAUAUGUUUAAUGUACAUUUGUAGAGCAAAUAAAAGUAUGUAUGUAUAGGGACACAGUGUGACAGGGACACGUAUGUAUAUACGGCGCUGGUCGCCUAGCCUUUUGCAAAUGAAUGUAUGCAAAAUGAUAAUAAUGCGCUGCCAAUACGAUUCUAUACUAAAUUGAAUAAAAUUAAAUAUUUUAAUCAAAACAUUAUUUAGAAAUUCACGAGCUGAUAUAUAUUUCCAGGGUUUUACUUUACCCACCUUUUGAGCUUAAUCCCCAGCCCAGUGGGUAAAAUGGAAAAAAUGGGGAAAAUGGGUGGGUAGUGGGGAAAAUGGAUAUGAAGGGUUAUAGUGAGGUGGUGGGCCACCACCACCAUUGAUGGUAGUUUAUUUUCCUUAUUUUGUUCUGUUCUUAUUGUUUAUUAAAUAAACCACUCGAUUUUUUAUUUUACCGUUAAAUAAUUCAUUAGGUUGAAAAUCGCCAGUUUAGUAAAAAUAAAACUACAAUCUGGGUAAAUUCUGGAUAAAAACGAAAUAUCCUAACAAUUUACAUUCAUUUUAGUCUCUCAUAGAGGAUAACAAUUUAUCUUUUGUCAUUAGAUCUUGAUAGUGAUAUCGAAUAUGAAUCAAUCACCUAAUAUAACCUUACCCAUGAAGAAGUAAAUGCAAACAAUUCCGAAGAAAGCAAUACAGAGAGAGUCAGCAAUUAUUAUUAAUUACAAUUACAGCAAUUACAAUUAAUCCUCAUACCGCUACGGUUUCUGAAAAAAUUUGUCAUUAUUAUCUUGUUAA